CCGCCGCCCUUGGGGCCUUCCCUGCCCGAGGGAACGGGGCCGUGCGGUGAUGGGGCUGUGCUGCGCGGGGAGCCGGCAGCUGUCAGCUGUGUGCUGUGCCUUCGGCGCCUCGGCUUCUGCGGUGGGGUGGAGGGCUGCGUUGUGCCUUAGUCACUAAUGGAAGUCCUGGUGUCUCGGAGUUAGCUAAUCCAGCGUUGUCAGAACACGUCUAGUUGCGGAGGAUUCGAAUCCUUUUUAGCAGAUUUUGGAAGUUGUUCCUAUAUGGAUCAGCAUUCUAGUGAUGGUGAAACUGGAAAAAGACUACUCUAAGCCAACCCAGGAUGAAUCGGGUGCCAAAUGAUGCAGAAAAUGCUCACAGUAGCAGUGUGGAAUCCUGCCCGUCCUUGCGAGAUGUCCACUCCAUCAACCCAACACACCUGAUGGCAAGGAUUGAGUCCUAUGAUGUCAGAGAGAAGAAGGGAAUAUCGGACGUCAGAAGGACUUUCUGUUUGUUUGUUACAUUUGAUCUCUUAUUUAUAACUUUGCUGUGGAUAAUAGAAUUAAAUGUAAAGGGAGGCAUUGAGACUACCUUAAAGAAAGAAGUUCUACAUUAUGACUAUUCUUCUUCAUAUUUUGAUAUAUUUCUACUGGCAGUCUUUCGAUUUAAGGUGUUAAUACUUGCAUAUGCAAUGUGCAGACUGCGCCAUUGGUGGGCAAUAGCUUUUACAACAGCAGUGACCAGUGCCUUUUUACUAGCAAAAGUAAUUAUUUCACAGCUGUUCUCACAGGGUGCUUUUGGCUACGUGCUGCCCAUCAUAUCAUUUAUACUUGCAUGGAUUGAAACCUGGUUCUUGGACUUCAAAGUGUUACCACAAGAAGCUGAAGAAGAAAACAGAUUUUUGAUAGCACAGGAUGCUUCUGAACGAGCAGCUCUCCUUCACCCAGGAGUCCUGUCUGAUGGCCAGUUCUAUUCUCCUCCUGAAUCUGUAGCAGGAUCUGAUGAAGACUCUGAAGAAAAACAAGACAGUGAAAAACCAGUUGUAUAGCAAAUAUAGAAAAGCAGAAGGAAAAUCUCUGAGGGAAGUUGGUGGGGAUUUGGAAACCCUGGCAACAGUCUGUGAUUGAGUUGCUGGUGGAGCUGCUGACUGGAGAAUUUAUUCCUUAGAAAGCGAAGGGAAUGGUUCCCGUGUACUGUAAUACCUCACAAAGAUGUACCUUGUGACAUAUGUACAUUAGAUUGCCUCCUGGGUGGCAUGAAAAUAUUUGCCCAUGAUGUAUUAUUCAGUGAUUCCUGAAGUUGAUCUUCUAAUGACUAGGUAAUUACUGGAAAGUGUUGUCUUUGUGUACCUAAUCAAGAGACUGGUAAUAUAAUGAAGUAAAACUUCUCUGUGGUGAAGUCUAUUUAAUGGUUGGGACUCACUAGGUAAAAUUAUCUUGUUUUUGCAAUUUUGUCAUUAGUUUUAUGUUUUGUUUUGUUUUUUUAACUCCGUGCAUUUUCUUUUUUUAAUGGAUAUGUUCACUUUCUAAAAUAAAAAUGUUAAAACGUG